AUGGCUAACGUACCUCGAUUUAAGCUGAACACUGGCGCUCUGAUACCUGCUGUUGGUCUCGGAGGGUGGUCUGGUAAUACUCCGGAAGAGCGUGAAAACGGUUGGAAGUUCAUGUUUAGUGCUCUGAAGGCCGGAUACCGGCUGAUUGACACCGCCUACCACUAUGGCACCGAGACGACUACCGCAGUUGCAAUCAAGAAGUCCGGAAUACCCCGCGAGGAAAUUUGGAUUACUACGAAGCUCCAUUACCAACACACGCCGUGGGUCGAGAAGUACUUCCAAAAGAGCCUCGACAACCUCGACACCGAUUACGUUGACUUGUACUUGAUGCACUGGCCGAUGACCUGCAAGUUUGUUGAGGACGAUCCGGAGCCGCUGGACGAGCAAGGCAACGUUAUCCUGGAUGAUACCCACACGUUCACCGCAACGUGGGCGGACAUGGAGAAGAUCUACGAGAGCGGGAGAGCGAAGGCGAUCGGGGUCAGCAACUUCUCCGUCAAGAACCUCGAGAAGCUCCUCGAGACGGCGAAGGUCGUCCCCGCCGUCAACCAGGUCGAGAUGCACCCGUACCUCGCUCAGCCCGAGUUGAAGAAGUAUUGUGACGAGAAGGGCAUAGUGCUCACCGCGUACACCCCGACAGGCUACAAUACCGUGCGUUCUGACCCUACGAUCAUUGAGCUCGCGGAGAAGUACAAGACGACACCGGGACAAAUCAUCAUCAGCUGGCAUGUCGCCCGGGGCGUCGCCGUUGUGCCGAAGAGCUCCAACGAGCAGAGGCAGAAGGAUAAUCUCAACGUUCUGGACCUAGACCCGGAAGACGUCAAACGCAUCACCGCCCUGGAUCGCAACAAACGACUCUGCAACUACGCUAAUGAGCACGGGAAGGUGAAUGGUUGGACGUACGAACAACUGGGUUGGUAA